AUGUAUCUUCGUGAGGUGCAUGCAGAAACAGACAUCAAUCGGCUCCAGGAUUUUGUUAAAGACAACCCCCUUGGCAUUUUGACAACAGCAAUAAAGUCUACAACAUAUCCUCUAAUCCAAGCAAGCCACAUUCCAUUUAUUCUCGAAGUUUCAGAUCGACACGAAGCAACUGCGAACGGCAAUGAAGGUUCUGAUACUGGUCUGAUAUACGGAGUCCUACGCGGUCAUAUUGCUAAGCAGAAUCCGCAAGCAAAGGCUCUCAUGGACGCCCUCGCUGCCACUCAGAAUGAGCAUCAUGAUCCACAGAUCAAAGAACUCCCGGAAGAAGUCCUGGUGCUAUUUAACGGGCCAGCCCAUCACUAUGUUACUCCUAAAUUCUAUGUCGAAACUAAGCCUGCCACAGGCAAAGUCGUUCCGACGUGGAACUAUUCCGCUGUCCAGGCCUAUGGGAAGAUACGAGUCUAUUGUGACUCAAAGUCAGAUGAGACAUCGUCUUUUCUACAGCGGCAACUCGAGGAUCUAAGCCAACAUGCCGAAACGUCGAUUAUGGGACACACAGGCGGAGAUAGACCUUCGCCAUGGGCCGUUUCCGACGCUCCUGUUUCGUACGUUAAUUUGUUGAAGAAGAAUAUCAUUGGCAUCGAAAUUUGCAUUCAUCGAUUGGAAGGCAAAUUCAAAAUGAAUCAAGACAAAGGCAACGGUGAUAGAGAGGGAGUUAUUCAAGGAUUCAAGGAUCUCAAAAGCGAUGUAGGGGACAACAUAGCGCGAACCGUGAAGGAGCGUGGUGACUUGAAAGAUUUGAAGGAUAAAAGAGCCUGA